ACAUGUCAAAUUCCAAGUGAAAGAAGGACAAAUAGGAGAAAAGUGGCAUUGCCAGAGGCCCUAGGAUUUACCACAUAUGCAUUCCUAGUGGUGUAAUCAAACUAAGAAGUAGAUCCAAUGAGCAGCUUGAGCUAAGCUUGCGAUACAAUCGAGCUAUUCAAGCAUGAUUUGAUUAGGUUCAAUUAUCAUCAACUUAAGUAAAGAGCUAAAAACACCCAACCAGGAAAGAUUUUGGGUUAAUUGUUCAAUCAUAUAUUUUGCUGAAAAAUCAUAGAUCCCUAAUAUAUUUUACUCAAUCAUACGUAACUCAAGAAAAUUUUAAUUUGAGAGGGAGGAAGGAGAGCAAAGCAUAUUUGGGUAAAGCAAGAGAGAUUUGCCGUUGGAGGAAGCUUUACCACUACCGAUGGAGGAAUCCGAGGAAGAGGGAUGGACGGUGAGGAAGGGAUGACAGAACUAAGGACUCAGGUUUUAAGAAAUGUUUUUCAGAAAAACUUUUACUUCAAAACAAACACACCCAUAAUAUGCAAAAAUGCUGCGGGCUGCAAGGUCAGUGACCUUGGGGAUAACUGCAGAAUGGAGGGGUUUUUUACGGGGGAGAAGGAUCGAGGACGUCCAAGGAAAAAACCAGAGAGAGAAAAGGAAGGAAAUGAUGCCGGAUCAUCUCCUCGAUCUAUCGGUUUAGGUUGUUGCUGCACUCUGAAUUUACUUGAAUUGUCUGUUUAAGAAACGAGAAACGAAAUCGGGUGCUUACUUGAAUUAUUUAUGUAAAGUAAUUAUUAAUCGAUCUGGUAAAUCAUGAAAUAAUUGUAGUUGUAGUAACAACUAAGUUUCAUUCUGACUCAAUUAUCAGUUAUAUAUAUAUAUUAAAUGUGCGAAUGAUUCAUGCGGAUUCAGAAAACAGAUCAAAUCCAAGUGAAAGAGCUGAUUCCCACCCCCUGCAUGUCAUCUAAGAUUGCAGUUCAUGGUUGUCUCAUUGUUUUUUUAUUGAUAUUUAGUGUUUGUCUUAGCUUGUGCCUUUUGUCUCAUAAUUGACUUCCCAGGACAUAGAUUUC